GUGAAGCACCACAGACUCGUGUAUUAUUACCUCACAUUUAUGUCUCAGUUUAGCAGAUUUUUGGUGUUAGGAUGCGUCCAGGAGCGCGUGCUUCUCCUCCCGAUGCUGUGCAGUCCUCCCUGUGUCUGUGUCUCCUAGUUUUCCUGCUCUGUGGUCAGGCUGCUGCUGUAUCUGAAGGCGCUGUUGACAAUGCAGAUGAUAAGCAGAGUUCACUGAGGAGCAUCCUUGAUCAUGUACAGAGUUAUGAGAUUACUUAUCCCACAUGGCUGCAUCCUCACAGACACAGGAGGUCUGCCAACCAAGAGCAUCCUGCAGAGGCUCAGGUCCUGAUCUCAGCAGAGGGCCGGGAGCUCAGACUACACCUGGAGAAGAACGAGCAGCUGCUGGCCCCUGGAUAUCAGGAAAUAUGGUACACUCCCGACGGAGCCCGCAAGUCCUCCUCCCCUGCCAGCACUGGACACUGUUUCUACCACGGGGAGGUUUUGGGUAUGGAAGGCUCAAGUGUUGCUGUUAGCACAUGUUCAGGACUCAGGGGACUGAUUUCUCUGAACACAAGCGUCAGCUACCUGAUAGAGCCUCUUCCUGUUUUGACGGGCGCACAGCAACACGCUGUAUUCAGAGCCGAGAGUCUCCAUCUACCCAGAGGUAACUGCCUGCAUCACCACGGCAACAAGGAGCACGAGGAGGGGCUUAACGACUUCAUCCAUGGAAUGAUGUCACCGCGGAGCGCAAGGGAAAAACGGGACCUGAGCCAAAAUAUGAAGUAUGUAGAGCUGCUGAUAGUGGCAGAUAAGGCUGAGUUUGAGAAGCAUGGUAGUAAUCUAGAGAAGACCAAGCUGAAAUUACUGGAAGCGGCCAACUUGGUUGACAAGUACUACAAGCCUUUGAGCAUCCGUGUGGCAUUAAUAGGCCUGGAGGUGUGGACCAGCCGGGACAUGAUUGGCGUUUCAGACAACCCUCACAGCACUCUGGCAGCAUUCCUGGCCUGGAGAGGCAAACAGCUCCGAUCGCUACCCAACGACAAUGCUCAGCUCAUCACGGGAAAGGGUUUCCAGGGCACCACCAUCGGGCUGGCACCUCUCAGAGCCAUGUGCUCCGACUACCAGUCUGGUGGAGUGAACACGGACCACUCAGAGUCAGCUGUGGGUGUAGCUGCCACCAUGGCACAUGAGAUGGGCCACAACUUCGGCAUGAGCCACGACAGCACGGGCUGCUGCCAGGCCAAGGCCGAAGACGGAGGUUGCAUCAUGGCUGCUGCUACUGGGCAUCCCUUUCCACGUGUGUUCAAUGGUUGUAACCAGAGGGAGCUGAAGAGCUACCUCAACUCUGGAGGAGGGAAGUGUCUCUUUAAUUUGCCAAACACCAGAUCCAUGUAUGGAGGGCAGCGCUGCGGCAACGGUUACCUGGAGGAUGGAGAAGAAUGUGACUGUGGAGAGGAGGAGGAGUGCACCAGUCCUUGCUGUAAUGCCAACAACUGCACUCUGAAAGCUGGAGCUGAGUGUGCCCAUGGUGUCUGCUGCCAUAACUGCAAGUUGAAGAGCCCCGGGGUGCUGUGCCGUGCUCCCUCCGGUUCAUGUGACUUGCCAGAGUACUGCGAUGGGAAGGCAGAGUCUUGUCCGGCUAAUUUCUAUUUAGUGGAUGGUGCGUCAUGUGCAGAUGGGAAGGCGUACUGUUACACUGGCAUGUGUCUCACCCUGGAGCAGCAGUGCCGCUCUCUCUGGGGAGGAGAUGGCCGCCCGGCCCCUGACCUGUGUUUCAAGAAGGUGAACGAAGCCGGGGACAUGUACGGGAACUGUGGCAAAGAUCUGUUUGGGAAGUACAGGAGCUGUAAGGACAGGGAUGCUCAAUGUGGGAAAAUCCAGUGUUUAUCCACAGCCUUCAAGCCCAUUGAGAACAAUGCUGUCCGCAUAGUGACCACUGUCACUGUGGGCAGCAGGAAGAUCGAGUGUAUGGGAACACAUGUGUACAAGCCUGGGCAGGGGGACGAGGACACUCUGGACCCAGGCCUGGUCAUGACGGGCACCAAGUGUGGUGAUGACUCGAUUUGCUUUAAUGGAGAAUGCCGCAAUGCAUCUUUCCUCAGAGCUGAUGAGUGCAAUGCCAAGUGCCAUGGACAUGGGCUGUGCAACAACAAUCAUAACUGCCACUGUGACGCGGGCUGGGCCCCUCCGCUGUGUGACCAGAAGGGGUCAGGUGGGAGUGUGGACAGUGGACCUGUCAUCAGCCGCUUCGACCCCCUUCCGCUCCUGCUGGUCCUCCCCCUGGUCCUCUUUGUGGUUUUGGCUGCUGUUGGACUGUGGUGCUGCUACAGACACAAACUUCCCCCACUGAAAACCUCUUCUCCUCCUCCAGUACCAAGUUGUUCAGUGCCGGUGGAGAGCAAGCCUCUGCAUCCUGACAUUCAUAUUAACGGUCACGCCAAUCCAACAUUCUUGCUAAAAAAACAGGACCCAGACCACCUGGGUAAAUCCUCUCCUCGUCCGAGCCCGUCUUCUUCAACCCGGUCCAAACAUGCGAUAGUGCGUCCAGCAGGGAAGCCUCCUCCUGUGCCAGCGUACGCUGCAGAGCAGAGACAGCAAACAACUCAGCCUGUAGCUGCUCCUCAGAGACAGUCCUCUCCUCAGGGUUACACUCCACCUCCUGCUAAAUCUGCCCCGCUCACUGGGCAGAGACGAAACCAGGCUCCUCCACCACCUUCAGGACCUCCACCUUUACCUUCGCUGGACACCAAAACCCACUCACAGCACUCAUCGGUACCAAAACCCCGACCAGACCCCCCAAACAGACCUCCACCACCUUGUCCUGUUAACAAGCCAUUAGUGGAACAGAAACAAAUAAAAGGUGUGCAGGUUACCACAAACGCCCUGCAAAGAGGAAAAGCUGCUUUGGCUCCACCUGCUGGACAGAAAAAGCCAAACAGAAACUAAGUCUCAGGGAGACGUCGGGGACCACCACUUACAUCCAACGAUGGACUGCCUCAAGCUGCCUUUUUGAAUAUUAGCAGCUGACAAAGAAACUGUGGGAUAUGAAUGAUGAAUGUUUGACACUCUGGGUCAGUUGAUUACAGUGUAUUUAGGGUAAAUUAAUCACAGCGAAGUAAUAGUACAUAUCACAAUGAGUCAGUUUAAGUCUAGAAUCUUAAAGGCAUAGUUCACCCCAUCAUCAAAAAUACAUGUUUUUUCUCUAAGCUGUAGUGCUUUUUAUCAGCCUAGAUUGUUUUGGUGUGAGUAGUCGAGUGCUGGAGAUAUUGGCCUUAAAGAUGUCUCCAAUGUAUUGGAACUAUAUGGUGAAGCAGUUUUAUGUAAGAGACAUUUUGUUCCUGGUAUAGUUCCUACAUGAAACUGUUAAAACUUUCAAAACUGUUUUUUCAAUGUAUUUUUUGGUGCUUUUAGCAACAAUCUAGAUUGAUAAGCAGCACUACAGGUACUGAAAAUCUGUAUUUUUAGGGGUGAACUAGGCUUUAUUUGUUUUGUUAAUCAGCCUUUUUUGUGUCUGCUUUCACAACUUGAAACACCAAAAGCUGUGACAUUAAGAGCUUUUUGUUUUUUAAAUUACUGUCCCAAAAGUAAAUGCAAAUGUGAAAUUGUUCCACGUGUGCAGCAGUGUUGAAACACUGUUCCAGGAGUAUUUAUUCACAAAGAAAAAUGAAUGUUUACAAUGUAGCCUAUGUACUAAACAAGGUGUCUCUUAAAGAACACCAAGAGCUGUAAAGGGAUAUCUUAUAUUAAGAAAAGAUGCCAAUAUUGAAGUGCUUUGGCUUCUGAUGUGUGAACUAAGAGAAUGGGGUUUGAACUGGACCAGCGGUGACCAGUGAAAGCCCAACGUGCAUGCUAUAAGUACAGUGUAUGCUUAUAGAGAGAUACAUGUCUGAUAUGUAGCAGGAAGUGUUUUUUCAGUUUUUUUUAUUAGUUUUGCUUUACAGAUUUUAAAUUGUUGUGGCAUUGCACUUUGAGAAACCUUUCCAGUGUCCAAUACUCACCCCCUGAAGGCAUUAAAGUAUUUGAUGGAUA